GCAAUUUUAUCGGAAAAAUCUUUUUUAUGCAUUUAGCACAUAACCUCGACUCGCGCACAAUGACCGUUGUUGUUUCGAAACUCCGACGACAUUCGACCGACCCAUCCGCGUGCGCGGAGUCGUCCUCCCAUAGUCCCAUCCUGCGUGUAUUGUACCAAAAUAAAAACACAAGUGUUACGGUUUUGAGCUUGUCCAAAUUACGCAGUGCCUCUUAAAUUCAAGUAUCGAUAAUUUAUCGCAGUCCUUCGUAGCAUCAAAGGGAUUUAAAAUAAACGCAUUCAAUGUAGAGAAUACGCAGCAUAUUUUGUCGCGCUGCAAGUGCAAGUGCAAUCGACGAGAGAUUAUAUAUCGCGAAUUCACGAGUUACUUUUUUUGAUAUUUUUUUAAUGAACCGAAACAACCUCAGUGCGCAAUGCCUGCCGAGGCUGAAGUCAGCAGCGCCGAAUCGUCUUCUACAUCUCAACAACGCGUGCUAAAUCUUAAGACGGUGGAAAAUACAGCAAGUUUUCAAGAGAAAAAACGCAAAUUAGUUGAUGAAUCGAAAUACCAGUGUGUGGUUUGUCAAGUUAAUAAAAAUUCUUUGAGCGAGCUACAUUGGCAUCAGACCUAUCAACACUCAACAGAAGAGCUCUCUUUAUCAGUGAUUGGUUGGAAAGACAUUGUGAAAAUUGUUGGUCCACCUGCCAAAGAAAAAGAAGAAAAAGAAAACAGCAACAAACGCUCAAUUUGGAAUAGUUUCUCAAAGAAACCAUCUCAAUUUUAUUAUCUCUCCAGCAGCAUCCUGGGGGUUCAAGAUAAAUUGCAAAAUAAAGCAAAUCUGGAGACUCCUAUAGAUUGUUCCGUAACACUAACAAGAGUAGAAGAAGUAAUAGAUUUACCUGUAAAAGCUGAAAAACUAAUCACGUUAGUGUCUAAACCCACAAAAAUAAUAAAAGAAGAAAAAGAGGAAUAUAAACAGGUGACAACGAAGGAAAAAGCCUUAAAUUUACAUAAAUAUAAGGAAGAAAAUAAUAUGAGUGAUCCAGAGGAUAUGAUAUAUGAGAAAUGGGAAAAAGAAUUGAAUUGGAUGAGAGAAAUAAGUAUGGAAGAGUUCAACAAGGGAGCCAGAGCUCUUUGCAAUGAGCUAGAAGAUUAUAAAAGAUUAUGUGCCUUGAAAAAGGCAUCCAAAAGAAAAAAUGUUCUAUGAACAUUUUAAAUUAUAUGAAUUUUUCUAGUAGGUUUUGAAAAGAAUUUUU